GGUUGUCCAAAAUUAAAUGUAAGUUUGAGAACAACCGAGAGAUGUUUUCUAAGCCCCCCACCCCACCCCAUACACAGUGCACAUUUCCCUAUUAUCCGAAUUUCUCCUCCACUCAGCAGGAGCGACGCAGCUGACUCUAUCUUCACUUUGCACAGUAGUCUACAACUCUUGCAGUGAUUAGCCGCUUAGUGCUUAGGUCUAGGUAUAUUUAUACUAUUAUACAAUACAAUACACUUUACAGCUACACUACCACUAGACUACAGUGAAUAGUAAAUUUACUCACCAAUUAGGCUAAUGAUUAAUUUAAUAUUAUUAAAAAUUAUUUGCUAUUUUUAGCCUAAGUCUCGGGCCUCAUUUUUACUUAAUUAAUUUAAUUUUUAUUCAGUCCAUUUCCUUACUACAACAACAGUCACUACAGUACUGAGUAGUUACUGAGUUACGGAGUACCAAUAUUGAAUUGUAACAAGUAAGUGUCUAAAGUAAGUAAGCCAAAUUUACGACCUUACGUUUUUCACUCACCAAACUCUAAUACUAUACAUACAGAUUAAAGUUUAGUUAUAGCCUAUAAAUAAUAUUCUACUCAAAGUAAAAUGCAAAAAACUAUUAAGUAGCCUAAUAAUAUUAAUUAAUAAUUUUUAAAAGUAUACCUUAAAAUGGAAACGGUUAGGGUCCAUCCAUAAUUGACUUCACGCAACUAAGGGGCUGGGUGGGGGGUGGGUGGUGGUGGGUGGUGGUGGUCAUAUUCUUGUGACGAAAGAAGGGGGUGGGGGGUAAAGCAUUGUGAUGUCACAUUAAAUGUGGAACAUUCUUGAAAAAAAAUUGCACUUCAUAAUAUUAAAAUACAGAUAUUUUAACAUCAUUCCUUUAAUACAACAAUUAUAAUUAUUUGCUGGGGUCAUCGGGUUAUGUUAAAACUGCGAUCACUGGGUGAAUCAGUUCAGGUAUGCCAUGCGAGGUCCUAGAAGUGGCAUCUGAUCAAAAAGCAGGCCACGACGUAGGAGGGGACUCGAGGCGUAGUUACAUCGACAGUCGAGAGAAUUUAUAUUGAAAUGUGGAGAUGGGACAAGGGACUUCAAGGGGAAGUCUUCUUCUUUUUUUACAUAUUAAGGGCCCAUGAACAAUGAUUUGAUCAUUCUGGCUACCAUGUAUGUAGAAGAAUUUUCAAUGUUUCUGUGCCUGGUAUUGACUAGGAUAUUUCACUGGUGCAAGGGCUACUCAGCAAUGGUAUCAUGAACUGGGGUUUUGAAGAUAUUGAGAUGGAACGAAAAAUCUUGGACUGGGUGGGGAGUGAUUUUAGUAAAUUUACUAGGCCAAAGAUUCUUAAACUUUGUGCAGUGCUGCAUCCCCUCUCAACUUCUGAACAUUUCCGCAAGUAAUGAAAUUUAAAAAAUUAAAAUAAUGAAAUUAUUUAUUUAUUGUCGUGUCAUUUGUUUAUGUAACUUUCUAGAUACAAGAAAAAAUUUACCAAUACAAGUGAUGCGCAAACAAAAUUCGCCAUAAUUUUUUUUACUGCUGCUAUUUAGAGUGCAUAAAAACUGAUUUUAUCUUUAAAGACAAGAACAAUUAACAAUGGCAGCAAUAGUUGUAGAAUAAUUUAAAAAAGGCAUUUUCAUAUAAGCCAUAAUUUUUUAUUAAAAAAAUGCAAUCCGAGUAGUCAACCUUCACUCCUUUGCCCUCUGCAUUUGCUAAAGGUGAAAAUCUUCCCCCAAUGGGACAGGCAUUACAGCCCAGUUUAAGAACCUGUGAUCUAUAUCAUUUAUUUUUGAAAAAAAAAACAACCUUUUCUCCACUUCCCCAAUGGAUAAUUUUAUUUGAAAAUAAUAUAGGGAGUUAAUUAUAUUUGCAGGAUAGAGUCUCCCUUGCAAGAAAGAAAAUUGUCUGAGAUGAAAUAAUGGGCUCAAAGAAGAUGAAAUACAAGUGUAUUGAAUGUGGUUCCAGUGUGGAAAGUCUGUAUCGUGACUACAAAGCCAACAUUAUCAAGAUUCAUCAUUGUGUAUGUUACUUAUAAUUUACUUUUGAAGCUAUGAAAAUGAUGUCAUCUGCUUGAAUUUCUUAAUUUUAAUAACUUACAAAUAUUCUUGAUUUUUAAGUAAUUUUUAAAUUUAAUUUCCAAUCAACUUUUAUCAAGUGUUUCUUUUUGGGAAAAUAUAAAAAAAGAGAGGGUGUCACUAUGAUAAAGCUUAAAGUAUGGUAGAUUAAAGACAUAAUCUGCAAGCAGACAAUUCAAACUUCUUUUACCAGUUCAAUACUGGUUUUUAGACACUAUUUCCUGGUUAACCAUGUGUUUUAACCAGAUCAGUUAAGACUAUGAAAUACAAAAUUAAAAAAAAAUAUUUAACAAAAGAUAAGUGCAUCUGAUAUCAUGUCUAAAUAAAUAAUUUUAAAAAUUAUAUAUUCAUCCAAAUUAGCAUCAUAAUAUUUGUUUAAAAAAAAUCACAUUAAGGACAGAAGAGUUUUCUGUUUUAUGUAGAUCAGUCAGAGCAUUGUAAAAACUGGUUUAAAACCAGAUAUCUAAAACCAAUAACCUGUUGGCCGCCAAAAAUUAUUAAUAUCCCAACAAAAAAGUGAUUUAAAGGUGCAACCAACAAAAUGUGCAAUUUGAAACAAAAUAUUGUCAUCCUUCAGUCUUUUAAAUUGUUAAUUUUAACAACUACAUUUAACUGCAUUCUUUUUGCGAAAAUCCUCAACCACUGACAACAGAAGACAUUAUCCCAGUCUGGCAGCAAAUGUUAAUCCAACACAGAAAUAAAAAUAAAGAAAUGUGUCUAAAAAAAUAAAAACAUAAUUAUUUCCUAUCCCAUUUAUUGUGGAAAACUUGUCUUGGUAUGGGACUUAUGCCUGCUUUAAUUAUCCCUUAGCUUCCAAAACUAUGAAUUAUCUUUAGUGAUUUAAUCCAAAGUUAAUCACAAAGCUGGUGUGUGAUCACUCUGCACAUUUAAAAAACAACUUUGUGUUUUGAGACAGAGUUACGACCCUUUUGUCUUAUAUCUUACUGACUCCACCACCCAGUGAUCCAGAUUAUUAGUUAAGUAUGUAAGAUAAUUAGUUAGUCUUUUAUUUUGAUAGUCUUAUGAUAAUAUUCAUAAAUGGACUUAUUCACAAGAUUCUGUGUUGAAUGAAAUACAUUAUGAAUAAACUUAUGUUUUUUUUCGUAGGAGUCCUGCCAAUCUGUAGCUGAUAAGUACAUAGAAUAUGAGCCAAUCAUCAUCCUUCUUGAUGCAUUACUAUUACAGCCCCAAGCUUACAGACAUCUACUUUUAAAUACACAGUUUGACGUAAGUGUUUAUUGUUACUUUUAACAAGUUGGGUUACCUUUACAUAAGCAAGGAAUUAAGGAGCACAAAAAUUAUUAAACAGAUACUUCAAAGUAAUGUACUUUGGAGUUUCUUCAUCAAAACUUAAAACAAGAAAAAUGGAAAUUAAAAUAAACCGAGUUCAUAGGGCUGGAAGCUGUGCAUAGUCUGAGAUGGAACUGCCUUAUCUCAUGUUCUUUAUUUCUGUUUAAUAACUUAAUUACAGUCUCCCCCCACAUUAUGUUGUUCACAUCAUCAACUUGUCUAAUUAUUGGCACUGUGCUGCCAUUUUCUCUUGAAUCCUUGUUCAGGUUUUCUCUUUUUUGAUUCUUAAUAUUCUCAUUGUGCUUAACAGCAUGGGCAUUCUUUAUUGAAGGCUUUACAACAUGGGUAAUCUUUAUUGCAGGCUUUACAACAUGGGUAAUCUUUAUUGAAGGCUUUACAACAUGGGCAAUCUUUAUUGAAGGCUUUACAACAUGGGUAAUCUUUAUUGAAGGCUUUACAACAUGGGCAUUCUUUAUUGCAGGCUUUACAACAUGGGUAAUCUUUAUUGAAGGCUUUACAACAUGGGUAAUCUUUAUUGAAGGCUUUACAACAUGGUUAAUCUUUAUUGCAGGCUCACUGGAGACUAGCUUUUUUGUUUUGGAUUUGUGACGCCUUUAGCAAAUUAGUGCUCCAGAGGGUGGAGCUAACCAACAGUCAACCAUCUUCUGGAUCUGAAUAUGUCAACUACACUUAUUUGGGGCUUGAGCUCUAUCUCAACUUUAUUAUUGCUGCCACAGGUAAAUCAAUAAAUAUCUUAACUUAUAAGAGAUAAAGUAGCUAUUCGGUGAAAGCUUAAAACAAUGUGCAUCUAGAUUUAGCUUUUAAACUCAGUUUUGGAGGAGCAUAAUAUUAGUUACCAAUAUUAGCUGAGUUGAAGUAACUUAAAAAAAAUUUCUUUUUAAAUCUAGAACUGCUAGUCCUGACAGUGGUGGUGCUUUCAGUUUAUGCCUUGAAACAUUUUUGUACACAAGGGGAUCUCAAACAUUUUAGGUAAUUAUUUAAUUAUAUGUUUGAAAUGUUAAAUCUGUUUCUAUACCCCUAUUUAUAGCUUGUAAAGACCGAUGGCUUAAAUUUAUUUGAUUUUUACAGACAGUACUAUUGCUCAUUGUGCAUUGUUAUGUCAUUUUGCAUGUAACUUUUGUGGUGAUUUUUUUUAGCUUAUCAUUGCUAAACCAACUCAAUUUAAAAUUUAUACCUGUUUUUUAUUCAUAUCUUUUGGUGUUUUUAUCUUGCCAUUGAUCAGACCAGACUAAUAUCUUAGUGACUCAAAGUCACAUGUAGAAUCCCUAACUUGAAUCACAGCCAGAAUAUACUUAGAUUUGGUAGGAGCAAAAAAAGUAGGGGCUAUAUUCAGUCUUCUCCUAUAUAUUAAAGGCCCACAAUCAAUUUAUCAGUCUCUCCUCCUAUGGUUGGCAGGGGUAUAGAAAAGAUGCAUUGUAUGUGCUAAGUUUUAACCUUCAUUAUUACCAUCAUACUGUUUCCGAGAUGAAGGAAUCAAUGUUGGAGCUCUGUGGCAAAACAAAAGGUUGGGGCAUGGGCCUCAGAUGCAAAAUUAUCAUUUGGUGACUAAGUCAAAUUAAAAAAAUUUCCAUUUUAGCCCAUCUCUGAUUUUCAAAGCAGUCAUCAUUGCCAGCCUUGGUCAUGUUUUAGCCAUUCCAGCCUUACUUUGGGGCCAACUUUAUAGAAAUGUUUAUAUACAUCUUACCCAGGGCUUUGUUUGCCUGUCUACAAUUCAGGCAUUGCGAGGUAAGGAAAUCAAAACCUAUUGAUAUGAAGUUGAGCAAAAUUUAUUUUCAUUUCUGAAAUGGCCUUUCAGUUUCAUUAAAGAAAUUCCGACAACCAUCAUAUCUCAGAAUCAUGUGAUAGGUUUAGGAGUCAUAAAAUAUUUAUAAAUUAAUCCUGAUAAAACUUAAUGGUGAUUCCAGAACUUGAAAUUGAAUUGGAUAACACUUAGUUGGUGUAAAUGUAAAAUGUUAAAUCAUUCUAUUGAUGUUUGUUUGCAUGACAUAAAGAGCUCUUUACAAAAGACAAUUCUUAAAUCUCUCUUAGAAACACACAACCCAAUUAUUAUAUUAUUAUUAGAGGUUUUAUAUAGCUUGGUACCCCAGCCUACGCCUGGGCUCACCAUAUUGUACAUACAAUUUAAUAAAAAUGAACUUAAAAAUUAACAUACAUUAAUUAAAUAAAACAAAACUCAUGUAUAUUAACUACAUCAAUUCCAGAACUAUUUACAUGUCAAGCCAUGGACGGCACCCAUUAAUAUCGUUUAUCGGUCAAAGGGGGGAAUCAGUCAGGAUAUUAGCGUUUAAAAAGAUGUGUUUUGAGUGCAGUUUUGAAAGCUGUAAUGGUCGGUAUAUUGCGAAUGUGUAGUGGAAGAGAAUUCCAUUGUUUGGGGGCACAGAAAAAGAAAGAUCGUUCACCUUAUGUUUUUGUGCGAGUCUUGGGGACAGAAAGAAUAUGCGUGUCUACGGAGGAGUGAAGCUGUCGAAGGGGUGAAUAGACAGAAAGAAGUUUGGUUAGAUAGGAAGGGCAGGAAUUUGAGAAAAAAUUGUGGCAGAGAAAAGAGCCUUUGUACUUGUACAGGGAGCCAAUGAAGUAGUGGUGUGACGUGAUCACGUUUUUUUGCUUUUAGAACUAGCCUAGCAGCAGUGUUUUGAACCUUUUGUAGUUCUAAGAAGUGUUUUGAUGAACCUGACAUGAUUAUUAUUUCUCUUAAAAACACAAUUAUUAUAUCUCUCUUAGUCUUAGAGAUCCAAAACACAAUUAUUAUAUCUCUCUUAGUCUUAGAGACCCAAAACACAAUUAUUACAUCUCUCUUAGUCUUAGAGACCCAAACCAAAGCACAAUUAUGAUAUCUCUCUUAGUCUUAGAGACACAAAACACAAUUAUUUUAUCUCUCUUAGACACAAAACACAAUUAUUUUAUCUCUCUUAGUCUUAAAGACACAAAACACAAUUAUUAUAUCUCUCUUAGUCUUAAGUCUUAGAGACACAAAACACAAUUAUUAUAUCUCUGUUAGAGAUAGUGAGGGCAAGACCAUACUGAGCCUAUUUUGCCUAUGAUCCAAUCCCAAUAAAAAGUAUAAAUUCUAUCACUUUUAUAUCCAUUCUCUUAUCCACAGUUGUAAAUCAAAGGAAAUACAAUACAUUUUGGGCAGUUCUAGCAGUAAUCUUUGGAUUCAGUGCACAGAUGGUUGUCUCAUCUAAAAUGCACUAUUGGCUUGGAUAGGUCCUUUACUUGUUUGGUUUAAAACGGGUGAUAACUACUCAAUCUAAGAAGAGUAAUACAUUGGGACAAAUAGGUAACCAUGUGCUUUAAAGGGUCUAGGCUAAAACAAUAACUCGGUUUAAACGAACUUGUUGGCAUAUGUUAUCCAGCGAGUCAAAAUAGCGUACUCAUUAUGACCCAAGGGAGACAUGUCAAUGACCUGGUCAGUCAAGAUGUAACUAUUUGGUGGUCUACAGCAGCAUUUGACCUAACAGCCCUGUGAACAAAAAUGGCGAGUUGUUGCAAUGUACAUAAAUGGUCAGUUCUUCAGAAACGAUGGAUGCUCUUAUUGUUGUAAAAAGUUUGUCCAUAUAACAAACAUGAAUUAUUUAUUAUCUCUGCUGUAUUUUUUAUUUUAUUUGUUUCGUGAUCUGUUAUAUUUAAUCAUUUUUAUGAAACCAUCAUACUUUUUAUGUAUUUGUAUUAAAUACAUAUUUGAGUGUUACAUCAGUAAUGUCUGUAAUUUUUCCUACAACCAACAACUAAAGUUAUAGUUCAUUCAAACAACCAAAUUUAUCUACACAAUCAAUACAAAUACAGAAGAAAUAACGUCAAAUAAUUUAUUGUUUUUUAAGUUCUGCUGCAUUAAAAAAAAUAAUUAUGCGAUGGUAAUGUCUAAACUACACACCUGGUAAUAAUGUACAUGAGUUGUAUGUUAGUUUUGUUCUGUUAAGAAAGUAAAUUACAGUGUUAUAAGAAUGACAUCAAGCAUCGCCAUAGAUGCUGCAACAUUGCAAUUGGAGAGAAAAAGUUAUUUAAAAAGUUAUUCAAGUAAAAGUAACCAAAAAGGCAUCGAUAACAAUGUCACAAGAAAUUAUUUUUAACCUAUUAAAAAAAAAUAUAUGAUUUUGAAAUAUUGAAGUAGAUAACAUAAAGUAAAAUGAAAUUAAUUUUAAUCUUACACACCAAGAGUAUAAAAGAUGAGAUUUACUGUUGGGAUUUACAAACCUCCUUUGGGUCAUUAGCAAAGAGUCUUAUCGCAUUUUUUUUUCAUCCCCAAAAGUGCAGUUACAUUAUAAAUAUGGUAAGUGUCAUUAUGUUGUUUUCUCUGAAAACAUUUAAAAAUUUAGGAAUAAAGAAUUAAGUUCCUGACUCAUGUUUUACUAGCUAUUUAUAAUAUAUCUCUAACCAUAUAUUUUGUUUUAUGAUAAUAAAAAGAAAGGUACCUAAUCCUGAUUUUGUGAAAAUGGAAUUAUAACUCUUGCAGACAUUUUUGCCCAAACCCUUACAAAGAAAAAUUCUAUAAUAUUGUCAAUCAAAUAUGGAGAUGACUGGAACUAGCUCACUGGUAAAACAAGUUUUAUCUUCCCAUGAAAAUGUAUUUCCAAAUACUAUUACGUUAUGUUAAUCAUAAUAAUAAUCUUUCUUUGACCGCACAGCAAAUAACAAUAAUCAUAAACAUACAUUUUUAAGUGUAGCUAUUUAUUUUCUGUCAUUUCGGCACACACUUUUGAGAACCUGAGCUCUUUAGAAUGAAUUCAAUAAGUUAUACCUGAGAAAGCUUCAUCUUCAGUUUGUCUACAAUGGCAAUGGUGCUACAAGUCAUUUGGCUGAUUAUAUCACAUAACAAAUGUUUUAAUGUUUUAAUAUAUCCUUAAAAAAAACAACCCCACCAAUGAAAUUUAUUACUUUUAACAUUAUUAGCCCCCAAAUAUUCCUUUUAAAUCUACUUUCCAAUUAAGAGUAUUUAAAGAAACUAUUAUCCAUUAAUUUGCUUACUGCCGCUCAACUUUAAUAACUUCUGAGUAGUCUUAAAACACAAGUGAGGGAUGUUAUAAUGAAUAUGAUGUCAAAUUUAUAUAAAUUCCUAAUGAAAAUAAACUUGAAAGAGAAAGUAAACAGAUAAAGAAAUUUUAUAAAUGCUGUAAUCAGAGUUGAAUUACCCCUGUAACAUUUUGUGAGCCUUGACCUUUUAAUUAGGUUACAGAAAAAUGACUUUUCAAGGAGAGAAACAAAACUAAUUAGGAAGUUUGAAAGUUGCGUUGACUUCUUGUACUUGCAUUGUACUAUUGUACAUGUUCUAUUCAGGAAAAAUAAUAGUGUUCAAGAUGGUGUUUU